AUGACUCGCGGCACUGUUCCGCAAAAAUUUAAGGAAGAAAAAGUUUCGAAAUCGGAUACAAGUAUAAAAAAAGAUACAGAUACAACUAGUAAAAAGGAUGAGAAACCUGGGAAACCCGGUCAACCUGGGAAACCUGGUCAACCUGGAAAAACUGGAAAACUCGGGAAAACUGGGAAAUCUAGGAAAACUAAACGAAAAAAGAAGAAGAAACAACCCAGUAGAGUCAGAUUCUUUGUUAGGAGCAAAAGCAUAGGAAAACGUAGCACUGGUAGCAAUACAAGACCACCAAGUCCAAUAACCGGUUCUUCUAGAAGUAAAUCGGAGGGUAAGAAGCAAGCUACCGAUAGUAAGAAACAACUUGCGGGAGCUAAGAAGCAAGCUGCGGAGGCUAAGAUGCAAGCUAAGGAGGAUAGGAAGCAAGCUAAGGAGAAUAAGAAACAAGAUAAGGAGGAUAAAAAACAAGCUAAGGAGCGAGCUAAGCAACGAGCGGAAAGUGUUAAACAACGAGCCAAGGAAAAGGCUAAGGAAAAAGGUGCGGAAAAAGAUAAGGAUCGAGCUACGGCACUUGCUAUCAAAGAAGAAAAAGCUCGAGCUAAGGAACAAGCUAAGCAAAGGGCAGAUGAACGUGCUGAGGCAAUAGCUAAACAAAAAGCUGAAUUUCGAGCUCAGGACCUGAGAGCUCAAGAAGAAAUGAAUAGACUACAAAGGAAGAACCGCGAAAAGGCACAGAUCGAAUAA